AUUUGCUCUGUCUACAGAUUCUCAGACUCUUGCUGCGUCUGUAGCUGGUCAAGUUUACCUGUAUUCUGUAACUUCACUUCUUAACAAGAUUAACAGAUGGAAAAGAGUGAUGUUUCAAUAGCUAUGAGAGUAUGAAGUCUUGUGGAGCAAGCAUAAGGAGACAUUCGGCCGGGAAAGCCAUUACCAAAGCUUCAUUAUCUCCCCUUGAAACUGGAGAAACGCUUCUUUCACAUUCUCUCAGAGGUUCCACUAAUUAUUGCCAUGAGUUUUGCAAAUAUGGCCAAAACCAUGCCUUUUGAAUCCAAAGGAAAACAGCCCAUCUCUCUUCUUCUCACCAGAAAACCAGAGUCCCCUGUCCAAGUCCAAAGCCGUAUUGUCAAUUCAAGCUCCAAUGAGUGGAAGAAAAGGAAGCUACCCAUCAAGAUUGAGAUUACAUCGUCUGGUGAAAUAAACUCUAUUUUCUCCAUACCCAAGCCAUCUCUAUCUACCAAACCCAAGCCUUCUCUAUCCCCUAAACCCAAGCCUUUUCUCUCCAUCAAACCCAAAUUCAAUGUGAAAUUAAACCCCAUGUUGAUUAAAAUCCCAUCAUUGAAAGUUUCAUGGACUUCAGCGAAUAGACUCAGUGAGAAUAAGAAAGUUAAGAGCAGUGAGACUAAGACAAUUCAGAGCAAAGGCUCAUCGAACUGUUGAAGACAAGAAAAAACCCAAAGUAGUGACUCCCCUUUCACCUUCUACCAAUGGAAUCAUGAGAGAGAAGCAGCAACUUAAACCAGUGACCCAACCUCACCUUCCAAGCCUGUUGGUAAUGGAGUUAUUUCAGAGAAGGUAAAACCGAAACCUGCAAACUCUUUAUCUUCUCCUUCCACUGGCAAUCGAGUUAUUUCAGAAAAGCAAAAUCCCAAAACCUGUAAGCUCUUUAUCUUCACCAUCCUCAAGUAAUGGAGUUACAGGUCUUCGUAAUGGAAUUAUUAAAUAGAAGAAAAAACCCGAACCUGUAAACUCUUUAUCUUCGCCAACCUCUGGCAGUGGAGUUAUAGGUCCUCUUAAUGCAGUGAUUAUGGAAAAGAGAAAAUCCGUGCCUCUAACCUCUUUGCGUUCUUCAGCUAAUGGCAUUGGAGGCUUGACAGUAACAUGGAAACUUCUCCUUUGAUAAAACCUCAAUUGAGAGAAGCAAAACCAUAGUUGCCAAAGAUCCCACUACUCAAACAGUGGAAGAAGUCGCCAAAAUUAGCAGGAACCGCCAAAUUAGCGGUUUGCUUGACAAGAAGAAGAAGAGGCCACUGAUAAUCGCAGUGAAGAGCUUUGACACAGACAACAGUGUGAGAGAGAUAUUAGGGUUUAGAGGGUCUCCGUCGAGUGACAGAGAGAGGGUCUAUGAUUAGAUAGAGAAAAAGGGUUUUAGUUGAAUGAUAGGAAAAGGGCUGUUGGACGGGAGAGGGAGAGUGAAAAAAGAUGGUUAUGAGUGGAUGAGAGACGAAAUAAUUUUAACGCUAGAAUUGAAUCCCGCAAAAUUCAAUUACAACUUGAAUUUUUGGGGAUUUAGAUAUAGGGAGGUUAUCUGAAUAUAAGAAGAUAUAGUUUGGUCAUCUGAAACAGGGCAUUUAACUUGUAUAAUUCUAAUUAUAAUGGAUGCUAUAUUAUCCUGAAAUAUUAGGAUAUUCGGGUGUUGUCAAACAGUCCCCGAACUAUCAUCUUUUGUUCUAAUUGAUGUUUCUUCACCUAUAACCAGAAUGCUAUAUUUCUUUUGUCAUUUAUUUCUACUUUUUUUUUUCUGGUUUUUCUUGCACAUGCUUCUUACUUGUUUGUUCUUUUGUUUGAUUUGCUGAUUUGGAGGAGGAAAAACCAUUCUUUUCAUGGUCACUGGGUGAAUCUAGCCAUGUGAAGGACUUCAAAUGGAAAAAAAACAAAGACAGCGAAUUUAUUGUUCUUUCAAGCAAUGGUUUGCUGUCCCUUGGAGCAGUGAAUGGUCCUAUCAAGGACAUGAAAGAUGACGUUGAUGCUGUGGAUUGGAGCGUGCAUGGAAAAUUCAUUGUUCUAGCAAGAAAGAGUACAUUAAGCAUUGUAUCAGUGGAGUUUGAGGAGAAGUUCCAUAUAUCACUCCCUUUUCAAUCAUGGAAUGAUGAUGAAGACAGUACCAUGACAGUGGAUUCUAUCAAAUGGGUGCGCCAUGACAGUAUCGUUAUUGGAUGCAUUCAGUUGACUAAAGAUGGAAAGGAGGAUUGUUAUUCAGUUCAUGUCAUCACUAGCAAUGGCUGUAAAAUAACAGAGGCAUCCUCAAGUAUGGUAGCUCUGUCCUUCAGUGAAUUUUUCCUUGCUGUGAAUGAGUCGAUUUUACCAAAUGGACAUGGGCCAUACUUGUUUGCAAACUAUUUGGACAUAUGGGGGCUUGUUGUUGCUUCCAAUAGGAAGACGGCAGAUGAACAUCUUGUUCUCCUGGGAUGGUUUUUUGAUGGAAAGAAGAGGGAAGCAACAGCCAUUGAAAUCAUACAAGACAAAUGGAGGCCUAGGAUUGAGCUGCAAGAAAAUGGAGAUGAUAAUUUGGUGGUGGGAUUUGGUGUGGAUAAGACUUCAACAGAUGGCAUAUUUGAAAUCAAACUUGCGGAUGGAGAAUUAAAAGAAAUUUCACCAUAUCAUAUUCUGGUCGUUGUAACUAUUGACGGGCAUAUUGAUUUGUUUCGUAUUGCCAGUAUUUCUGCACCACCAGCUUUGCCUGAGGUGCACUCUGAGCUGCCUGAUAGUGUGCGGGAUGCAGGAGCACGCACUUCAACAAUUUCAGAUGUUGGACAUGAAUUAUCUAAAACUGCAUCCAUUUCUUCCAUUCUUGAUACCCAGGAUGAUUCCAUGACUUCACAGGUUGAGGGAGUGCUUGGUGGAGCUGAAGAAUCAGUGAAGAAAUAUGCUGCUGGAGAGUCUGAGCCAAACGAGAAUUUGAGUUCCCCAUUUGUGUCAUAUCAAUCAUCAAAUAAAGCAACAACGAUGACCUCAAUUACUUCUGACUAUGCAAGUCCAUUUACCUUUAACAAUGUAGAAUUGAGAAAUCAGGGGAUUUUGACAUCGGAAGGCCGUGAUAAACAAAGGUUUAGUACUACUGCAAGUCAAAAUCAAGGCACUGCUGGUAACAAUGCAGAUACUCUUAGUGGAGAGAAACCAAUAUCAGGAAUGUUUGAUAUACAAUCACCUCUAGUGCAAAGCUCUGCUCCUGGACUGAAAGAUUCUCCCAAUAUAGGUACUACAAAAUCUGUUUUGGAUACUACUGAUAUUGAAGUGAGGAAUAGCUCUAUGAUUAGAAGCAUCGCUGUUAACACAGCUGCUAUUAUGAAAUCACAUUCUCUAGGUUUACCCAAAAGAGAUGACUCGGCGAAGAUUUCUGUGGACAAAACUAGAUCCAUUGGCUUUCCAACAGUUGCAUCUGAACCCCAGUCUGGUGGAAACUUCUUUGGUUUUAAAAAUUUUACUGGCCCAUCUUCAUUGUCAUCUUUGGCUUCUAAGGGAGACCGCCUCAUUUCUAGUCAUCAAGGAAAUGAGAAAAAUAUUCUUUCAAGUUCACGACAGGAGGUUUCUUUGCCUAGGAUGUCUGGCAAUUAUAAUGAAGAAUUCAAGAACAUUGGUAGAGGUCACCAGCCUCCCGGGACUGUGGACUCUGUGGACUUCAUGAAGGAAUUUGACAAUAUAAAGCAUAUUGGAACACAACUGGAUAAGCUUUUAUCUAUCAUCAAUGAAGAAGGUGGCCCUGGUGAAGCUGUUACUGUCUUCCGUAAAAGUUCUAUUAAAGCAUUGGAAGAAAAAUCGCAGAACCUGUUGAGAAGUUGCAGAGUUUGCAAGAGCACAAUUGAGAAAAGGCAUGAAGAAAUGCAAUCUCUUUGGGAUAAAACUCUGCAAGUUGUUGCUUGGAGACUGCAUACGGAAAGCAUUGUUAAGCAAGCUGCUGAUGACCAGUAUUGGAAGUCGUGGAACUGCCAGAAUUUGAGCCCUGAAUUUGAGCUGAAGAGACAGAAAAUAAUGAAAGCGAGUCAGAAUUUGAGGUGUCAGUUUAUAGAACUGGAAAAACAUUUCAAUGCUCUUGAGCUCGAUAAAUUUGGUGAAAAUGGUGGUGCUCUCAAGGGACGAACAGCAUUUCAAAGGAGUGUGCAACCAUCAAGACAAAUCCAAUCCUUGCAUAGUUUAUACAACACAAUGAAUUCGCAAUUAACUGUAGCUGAGCGGCUUGCAGAUAUCCUCUCGGACCAAAUGUCUGCAUUAAAUAUUGAGGCUCCAUCUGUAAAGAGACGGAAUGCAGCAAAGGAGUUGUUUGAAUCCAUUGGUCUCAUUGGUGGUAGUGACCUUUUUAAAUCCCCAGAAGUAAAAGAGUCUGAACAUUCUUCUUAUGCAAGCAAGAAAUUUUCUUCAUCUUCAUUCAGCUCAACAAAAGAGAGCCCUCCAAGAAAGUUGUCAAGUGCUCAACUAUUUGAGCCAGAGACUGCAAGGAGAAGGAGAAACUCAAUGGACAAGAGUUGGAUCAAUGUGGAGCCUCCCAAAACCACAAUAAAAAGGACUCCACGAGAGGAACCUUCUUCAGAUAAAUUAUCACUUGAAAAGCUUCCAAAUUUGCGAAACAGAAUUGGCUUCUCACCAGCUCGCCAGAAGGAGUUUACACCACCUGCUCGCCCAUUAUUUCCUUCAUCUCCUGACAAAGAGAUUCAGGAGAUGUCACCUGUCCAUGCGAUUGGCUCGGAGACACCUGGAUCCUCACCCUCAUUUUUCAAAUGGUCAAAACAAACUUCUGAACCAUUGCAAAUAGCACGAUUGAUAUCUCCAAAAACCCAAGGUUUGCCAGAAACCAUUCCUCAAGCAUCGACACCAUCAUCAAGCUCUACUGGCGCCCAAGCUGUAUCUGCACCAGGUUUCUCUGAUGGAAAAAACAUUUCUAUCACGCACAAGGAGCAUACGGGUUUUUCCAGUAGCCAAGCUAUAAUGGAUACCAAGACACAGUCCAUUACCCAACCCAAAGGUGCCAGUCCCAUCAAGCAACUGUUUCCAUUUAACACGGCCAUAUCUUCCACAAGUGAGCCGAUGAGAAACACAAUGCAUGCAAAGGAUCAAGCAAAAGGGUUUUUACCCCGUAUGAGUAUUGAAACAACUGUUACUCCAAAGUUAAUGCCAGCAAGUGCAAAGCAUGAAGCAGCUGAACCUGAGAAAAUACCUACUGUGCCCAUGAAAAACACGUUCGAGCAAAAGGAUCAAACGCUAACGGACAGCACCAAGCAUAAACCUGUAAAACUUGAGGAUUUCCAUGUUUUACCAGAAAAGAGUUGGACUUCACCAAUCUCUCCACCAAGAAAUGCUUCUUUUGCUGAUGAUCCAUCUAAAAAGCCAUUUCAGUUGGACAUUUCAUUUAACAAGGCCGAGUCUGUGGGAAAACCAAUUUCACCACCUGUAUCAGUGUCAUCUGAUUCUUCACUUUCUCCACCUGUCUUAGCAUCAAUUCCACCUUUCUCGGUUUCUCCUGUUGUUUCCCUGGCACCACUGUCGUCGCCUCUCUCUUUUAAACAUCUUCAAACAACAGAUAAUCCACUAAUCACUUCUGGCUUGACUGGAGCUAGUACUUCUCAACCUUCUCUAGAUCUAAAUAGGCCCCUUUUUUCUGAUGCAUCAAUGUCUAUGACAAAACCCAGUGCAGAGACUACUACCCAAACUGGUUCAACCUCAUCACUUUUUGGGGCUUCUUCCACAUCAUCCCUUAUUCAGAUAUCACUGUCACAGAACUGUCCUUCGACUACUGUCCCCCCAAAUCUAGGUUUUGUUGCUAGCUCAGGGCCCGGACUCAUAUCAUCACCCUCAUCAACAAAUGGGUUUUCAAACACAAUUACAAGUACAUUAGUAAAUCUAUCAAGUCCAGCACCUAUUGUCCCUGCAGUUUCCCCAACCCCCAAUAUGGCCCAACCAAUACCCACCAAUGCAAUUCAACCAUUAGCUGACAUGAAGAAUGAGACUUUGGAUGCUACCAUCCUUGAGGAGGAUGGGAUGGAGGAGGAGGCUCCAGACCCAACAAAUGACAUGAGCUUGGGAUCAUUUGGUGUUUUUGGGCUUGGCUCAUCUUCCCCGACUGCCUCGAAACCCAACAGCCCAUUUGGCACCCCAUUUGGCCCUUCAACUCAAACAAGCACUUCAUUUUCUCUCUCUAUCCCUUCCGGGCAGCUAUUCAGGCCUGCGUCUUUUACCCCACCCUCAAUUCAACCCACCCAACCAGACCCAAGCGUGUUUUCUUCUCCAUCAAAAAGUGGGGCACCUCCAACUAUGAGCGCCUUUGGCCGACCUUCACAGAUAGGUUUGGGUGUGAGUGCCUUUGGGCAGCCUGCACAGAUAGGUUCAGGUGCAAGUCCAUUUGGCCAACCGUCACUGGUUGGGGGGGGUACGAGUGGCUUUGGCCAGCCAGCACAAAUACGGGGAGGACCACAAGUUCUUGGAUCAGCUCUUGGAGCUUUUGGACAGUCGAGGCAGCUUGGUAGUAGCUUACCAGGAGCAGGAUUUGCUUCUUCUUCUUCUGGGUCAGCGAGUAGUGUUGGUGGAUUUGCGGCCAUGGCGACGGCUGGUGAUGGGUUUGGAGCAAUGGCCUCGGGUGGUGGGGGUUUUGCGGCUGCUGCAGCGAAUACUGGAGGUGGGUUUCAAGCUUUUAGCAACAAGCAAGGAGGAAGCAUGGGUGGUUUCUCUAGCUUUGCAACCAGCAAUGCUAGCCAUAGCACUGGGAAUGCACCAACCAAUAUUUUUACCCAGAUUAGGAAAUAGUCUUGCCAUAAAUUAUGCCUCUUAGUGCCGUGGUAGAUUGUAGAGAAGAAAGUAAGCGUGUGGAUCGAUGCAUAGUAAUGGGAAUUAAUCCAGAUUGUCUUGCCAUUGACUACGCUUUACAUAUCCUUCUUGAUGUGGCGUUUUUGCUGCAUGUGUUCUUUAACACAGUUGAACAAACUUUUUUUUUUCCUUCCCUUUUUUUUCAUUUUGUUGUCUAGUAGAUAAUGAUCUUUGGCUUGUGGCGAUCCACCACUUCAGAAAUUUCGGAUCUUUUUUUCUUUUCUUUUUUCUUUUGUUGAAAUCUCAUAAUAAAUGAACUUUAAUGUCACAUCACGGGUAAAUAUCCUAUUCAUUUUAAUGCUGUACAGAUAUAUCAUGUUUAAAAGGCCAGAUUUUU